AUGUCCAACAAGAAGAAGAGUAAGAGUAAGGCCAGCGAGAGCCACAAGAGUGGUGGAAACAAGAACAGUCCUCGCGGAAAACACAACUCCCCCUCACUGCAAAGAGACAACAGUAUCUCUGAUCAGCAACGAAGCGAGAACGGCGGUACUGGCUCUAGAACAUACGGGAUCAAAUUAGCCGCUCGCUUGUUCCACAACCCAUUGUUUUCGAAAAGAGGAUUUAAACAUGCAAAAGAGGGAUUAAAAAUUAAGAGUUCAGAUAACUCAAUAAGCAAACUAAGGUUUACAGGCAGCAUCUGUCUCUUCCUUUACCCUGUUUGGAUGAUAGCAUACAGUAUCGACGGUUUUUCAUCUGGGGACAUAAAUAAUAGUAUGCAUGCUUUUGUGUAUGGCAGUCCACUAUUAAUUGCUGUUCCUUAUUGCAUACGCUACUUGGAUGAUGUCGAUACAUUGCUUUUAAGCAUAUUUGAGAUUGGGGAGAAGAGUUUGCUCGGAUAUUUCGCAGACCCGGGGAUCAGAGAGUUCCUCUUGACUGUUUUUGAGAUUGCCGGGUUCAUUUAUCAAUGCGUGGAGGGUAGACAAACUCGUUCGAUCUUUAUAUGGGGAAUUCUUGGUUUUACUUGUUAUCUCCUAGGAAAUGCUUUGCUAAUCUUGAAAAGAAAGAAAAGGCCAAAACCGGUAGUGGUUGACUCGGCGUGA